AAAUAAUAAUAAAAAUAACAAUACGUCUGUAGCACAGUACAUAUAUAACAAGAAUAUAACAGGAAUGUAUUGACCGAAAUCAGUUAAUAACCACGAUUAUCGUUUUCAACCUUUAACAAACUCACUGACAUUUGAAGAUCCAGUCAUUAAUUUAUAAUGUAUAAAAUAUGUCAGGGCAAAACACUAGGUUAAAAUCAAAGUGAAAUGUGUAAUUGAAUGUCUAUGGUAUAUAAAGAAAUCUGUAUGCUUUAAAGCGUUUUAAAAAAGGAAAACUGUUACGCUGACUUUUAUGUGGGCUGUUGUUUCGACUCGGAUCAAUUUAUGUUAACGCCCGACACACACUGCAUAAGAACUUGUAAACAAAAACAGAACCGAGGCCUUGUUCAUAAUUUAUAAUAGACAGUGAAAGACAUCGAAUUAUUUAUUCGACGCAAGGAGUCGAGUCAGCACCACUAUUCAGGAUGUUAAGUUUUUUCGGACUACGGAAAGACCAAUCCAAAAAGCCUUCAGCCGAGAGGGAGCUGGAUGGAUUCGUAAUCAUCGGAGAGACGGUAGAGGAGCAGAGGCAGGGCAUGAAUACACUAAAUGUGAUCUCUACUCACGUCCUGCUGUUCUCUCCAGCCCCCCAGAGGCCGUCCGGCGCCGAGUGGCCCCCGAGCCCGGCGCACGGUAGUGGAGGCGAUGCGGCGGCGGUGCCCUCGCUGCCCGAGCUCCUGGCAGACGUGCCGUUCGCGCUGGCGCCGCACAUCCUCGCCGUGCAGACGGGCCGGCCCGCGCUGCUGCUGCCCGACCUCGUCCUCAACGGCGACAUCAACCACAACCUCGACAACUUCCGCUACGACUUCACGCUGGAGAACUCUGUCCUCAAUGAGCCCUGAGGGAUGCUGGGAGUCAGCCGAUAGUCAGCCGGAACUGACUGCAACCACCUCCCCUCCCACCCCCUCCACACACACACACACACACACACACGCACGGACACACACACACACACACACAUACACGC